GGGUGUAACCGAUGUGAAAUGGCUAGCUAACUAGCGGGGUGCGCGCUAAUAGCGUUUCAAAUCGUUGACGUCUCUCGCUCUGAGACCUUGUAGUUGUUCCUCUUGGCCACGGCUUUUGUGGAGCGAUGGGUAACGUGGCUGUUGUCUAUGUGUGCAGAGGGUCCCUGGUUCUAGCCCAGGUAGGGGUGAGGAGAGGGACGGAAGCUAUACUGUUACAUUAAUGCCGUUGACCCGGAUCACUAGUUGCUGCGGAAAAGGAGGAGGUCGAAAGGGUAACCGAUGUGAAAUGACUAGCGGUGUGCGCGCUAAUAGUGUUACUUUACUCUCUCUGAGACCUUGAAGUAGUUGUUCCCCUUGCUCUGCAAUGUCCGUAGCUUUUGUGGAGCGAUGGGUAACGAUGCUUCGUGGGUGUCAGUUGUUGAUGUAUGCAGAGGGUCCCUGGUUCGAGCCCUGGUACGGGCGAGGAGAGGGACGGAAGCUAUACUGUUACACGGGGGGCUGCCUUAAUCGACAUCCAUGUCAUUGGAUGUCAAAUAAACAAACACAUCAAGAAAAAGUUACUGUGAUGAUGUGACGCGCACAAAGACUUUGGUAAGCUGAUACCAUAGUGUCUCUGUCUCUCUCUGGUUUCAGGGAUAGGAUUGGGAGAAGGGGGUAUGGGGGGGUGCUCUUGUGUCACAUUUGAGUGGUAGAAUGCCGGACACUGAUUUCACAAAAUUCUUUGGUUGUGUAGUUGAUAUCUUCAAGGUGAUACCUUUGAAAAGAAUGUUUGCAGAUAGCUGUGAUAGGCUGAAUGAUAUCUUUUAGUGGUUUGUAUCUCAUUGAUGUUGAUUGUGUCACCCGAAAGGUAAUAAGGUCACAGAGACAGAAAGAGCCAUUGAGUUUUUCAUCCAGUACACAAAAACGCAUCUAUAUCCAUUGUUCUUAAGAGAACAUACCAGAAAAGCACUGUGAGUGGAAACAUUACCUCUCAAAGGUCAGAAACAACAUAGCAUGACAUAAUAGAAGAACGGACAGACUAGAAAGAUGCAGAAUGUAACAUUUUACACGGAAUCUUGAAGUAGUUUCGCAAGCCAAUGAUAACCAGUGUUAGAGCAACGACUGGAAGUCUGUGUGUAUCGGCUAGCAUGCCAAAAUCCCGUAGUAUUCCUUUAAUGGUACGUGCUUUUUUUUUCUCCCUACAGAUAUAUCAUAGACAUAAUUCAAUUAAGGGGUAUUUGUUUGUGGAAAUGUAACAGAACGCGCCGAAUUAAACCCUCUGCCCUUAAGGAGAUGGUCUCAAAGUUAAUAGGUGGUGGCGUUUAUAGCAGUGGAAAAUAACAGGUUCCCAACGACCCUCACUGACGACACUACUGUAUGCCCUGGCUAGGGCGGAUUCACAAAAUGGACCCUAGAGACAAAAUAACAAAACACAGUACCCAGGGGAAGUCGGCUAAAGCCCAUACACUUCCCCUUGUUUUCUUUAUACUCUGACUCUACCUCACCUUCACGGUUGAUCAAGUUUCAAAGCUUCGCCUCUUCAUCACAACAGCUCUCAUAUCAUACAGGAUGUAUCAAUGCCCAGUCCUUUCAUGCAACGCUUGGGCAGUACACCUCAAUUAUUUAAAACAGUUUAAUUGGCAGAAGAAGAGGAACUUCUCAAUAGAAUCAGAGUGACUUAUCUCACUACUUCUACGCCAUUACAAAAUGUUUGAAAUGAUAGUCCACUUUGAAAUGAAUGUUUGUCAGUGCAAAUCAAAUGCACUUCUGAAAGUGCUGUCCAGAAAUCCACAUUCUCCAAUUGAUUGUAUACAGGCCAUAGUCUAGCUUUAAAUCCAUUGGAGCAUUAAGCUCAAGAGGAGACUGAAUUCCCCCCCCCCCCCUCCCAGCUUGAACUUUCUCGGAUGAACUUUUACUUGUUUAUUCUCCUCUUCUUCUUUUUUACUCACUUUCCACUCUGUUACCCCUGAACCUGUGAGUGAUUACCUAGCUAAGACAAUUACAGUGCUACAACGUUGUGCCAACGUCAUAUGUCAGUAGGGCACUUACUCACUCAAUCCCAUGACUUGGAGUUAAGCCAGGGGGAGGAAAAAAAGAGGAGCAAGGGUAAGAAAAGGGAGGGUGGAUCUUGAUCUCUUUAUAGCAAAUUAGGAGUUUGAGUCUUAGAUAAAGACCUUGGACACCCUGGGACCCUGAACAUUAUUGAAUGUCCUGCUUACAUUCUUAUAUCUGCGUGGGAAUUCCAGUUUUACGAGCAAGGUGUGGCCAUGUGGGUCUGUGAAGGUCGCUCAUCAGACAUGAGUGAAAUGUGACAGUUGCGGGCCAUUUUCUCUCAGAGUUGUCAUGUCCAUCUUUAGAGUCUUAGUGCCAGUAUGUUCCCUUUUUACACAUGUCCACAAAUACAGUAACACACCACUGAAAAUGCAUAGUCAGCAACAUGGCCUCUUAAUUAAUAUGCUCCUUUUUAACACAGACACGUACAUAACAAUGAAUACACAAACCCUCUACUGAAAAUGCAGUCAAUCACCACAAUAGUCUCUUAAAGGGAUAGUUCACCCAAAUACAAAUUUGCAUAAUGGUUUCCUUCCCCAAUAAGCAGUUUAUGGGCAACGUAUGACAUCAAUCAUGCUUGGAAUUUGGUUGAACUUUUUAGCAUUUGUGGACCAAAACCGAUCAUCAACUAGAUUCAUCCGAGUGUUGAUUCUUUGUUGAGCAGAUGGUCGGCUGGCCGGAACAUAUUUACCAAUCAAUGGUAAACUACAAAUUUACCGCAAGAAGCCCAAGUAGAUAUGUUUGACUAAAACGUGAUAAUUUCAAACCUUGCUUUCAUUUGUAUAUGAUCACGUGUCUCUUAUUAUAUGUGGGAAUAUUGGGAACAGAUUUCUUAAAUUAAAAUCCCUUGGACCUGAUUUCCUGGUGUUUUUAGUCUUUAAUGUCCAUAAAUGAAAAUUAAUAUUAUACUUUUUUUUGCUCAGAAAACUUGGGGGGCCAAAUGAAACCACUCCUGGGCCAAAUUUGGCCUGUGGGCCGCUAGUUGGGAAACCCUGGCUUACGAGGUAAGGAAACCGAUAACUAUCCCUUUAACAUGUUCCCUGUAGACUUACAGUUCAUGAGUCUAUACAAUUCCACUGAAAAUGCAUAGUCAGCCUUCACACUCUUUAGGAACAUUGGAAUAUAUAGUAAAAAAUACUUUAGAAAUAUGACAAUAAAGGUUAUUUGAAUGACAUCUCUUUUCUAUUAGGAUCCUUGCAUAGGAAAAUUAAGAAAGUAUUCACGCACACACAUUCACACACCAGGGACUGCAAAAUAAAGCUUAGUUAGUUCGUUAGUCACUACCUACUUACUUACCUUUAUUGAAUCCCAUUGGGAAAAGGGUCUUGUUUUCCUAUUCAACAAGCAUGACAUUAUUGCAUUUAUGAUUUAUCACAAGGCAAAGAAACAGCACAGUGGUUUACGUACACAUUACAGUCCACUACGAAUGAGCACUAGGGGGACCCAGCCUCAAGCCAUGCAACUCCAAUCCGGCAUAACUGAAGAGGGUGUGGCAGUCUAUGUGCAAACAGGCAGGCGUACUUGGACCCGUCCAAUUGUUUUUAUGGGAUGCUAAAAUCGUUGCCCUAGUGUUGACUAAACUUCAGACACAGAUGUAGGUGGCAGGAAGAUGCCUGUAGCGGAAUUAUGCAACCCAUAUCGCCACGCCCUUAGGAUUAUUCGGAACAGCAGCCCCAUACAACUCGAGGUCAACCUCUCUCUUUCUAAAGAGGGUCUGUUUCUUCUCAGCGGCUAAUCGUUGUCUUCUGCCCCUCCAACCCUCACCCACUCAUCGCAUGUACGUGUUUAUCUCAGCACAUUCCAAUCUUUAUGUGUCGCAUUUGAAGACCGACGCACACAAACCAAAACAUCUCUCGUCUCUGGAGGCUGCGGGGCGAGAGGGUCAGAUGUCAAAAGGGUGUCUCUUAAAUUACUUCAGGUCUCUGACAAUAGAUGAGGAACGCAGUGAUUUCACCCAGAGGACAAGAGAGAUUUUUAUCCCAUAUAUGUCAGUUAUUAAGGUCGAUAAGAUUAGAGAAAUACAGCUGUUUUUGUUUGUUUAGUGAUGAAUGUGUUGAACAAUAGGUCAUUGGUCACUUUGACAAAUAUGGUAAUGCUUGAGCCAGAUAAGGCUCCAAUGGUAUAAGCUCUUCACAGUGCAACUUUGGGACUGUUUACAAAUGGAGUUAAAGUUUCCAAUACUUGGGAUAAACUGAACAAUGCUGAUUUACUACUCGAUCAGAUCAGUCAAAAUGACUCAAACAAAUUAAAUGAAAAAUUAAAUACUAUAUCAUUUCCCCCCAACUGACUUCAUUGGGGUGAGUUAUUGAGUUCAUUGCAUGACAGACAUUAUUUAUCUCUUCAACCCAGCAGUUCAAUUCUGAUAAGCCUUUCCCAUGUGUUACUUAGCAACAAGCCUGUAAAACACCUACACAGCCACGUCCACACACAUGCUUCAUGUCUGGGUCAACAGUCAGCACAGACUUUUGCUUUCUCCUCAGAACAUUUGAUAUGUUAUUUUGUCAUUACAGCCCCCCCCUCCCCCAAAUUAUAUUUUACUCAAACCACUUCCGGCCAUAUUGAUUUGACACCGCUGCUCUAACUGCUAACUAUUAAUUAACCGAAUCGCAUUACUUCCAUUGAAGUACAGUGUGUGUCUUAUUCUAGUCAAUCACAGUGUCAACACUAGAAGAAGUGAAGCCCGGAGGUAAAGAUACAGUAUAUACCGUACUUUAAAGAAAUUGGCAGGUACAAGAACGACAACUUGUACAGGAUCUGACUUCCAGGUACAGAUGUCUGGCCAGUAUCUAUAAAACGAGUGCUGAUCUAGGGUCAGAUCACACCUGUCCAUAUAAUCUUUAUUCAUUAUAAUCUAAAAGGCAGUCCGACUCUGGGACACUUUAUGAAUACGGGUAAUUGACUGCUUUUCUUGUUUCAUUGGAAAAUGGAGUGUAUAGAAGGCCUUGCUUACAAGUGCAGUCUGUCUGUGUAAGAUUCCUUGGCUGCUCAUUGGUCAUAUUGAAAUAUGCCUCUUGAUUUUGGGAGAAUAUUACUCAUGGAAUAUCUUUGCACUAUAUACUGUAUGUUAGCUCACUAAUACAGUUCUGGGUAUUAGAAAGUUACUUUUUUCACACGCAAAAUGCCUGCUGCAGCAAGGUACAUUGUUAAUGGUGACAAACUGUUAAUGAUGAUGCUGAGCACCAAGUUCUAUAGCAAUCAUCUAACAAGAGCCCAUUCCCAGAAUUGGACUUAGUUUUUGUACAAUUCAUUAGGAAUUUUGAAGAGGUUUUUCAUGAUGCAAAGAAUGCAUUCUGCACUGGUCAACUGUAUUGAGACUCUAACAUAAAUACAUUAUGAUACGAAUAGUCAGAAUAUCAUUAUGAUAGCACAUAAUUCUGCAAAUAAAGAAAAGCAGCUCCAAUCCCUGUUAUGUAAGUUUUGUACACUCUCAAAUUCACUUGGUGCGCUGUAAAUGUGUAACAUGAUUAAAUUCUAUUACCUCCAGCAUUCCCCCAUUCUGCGCUCCCCUACUGCAUGCUAGCCAAUCAUAAUGUCCCUCGGUCCCUCCCCUUUCCAGAUAAAAAGAGGGCCAGGGAACAGUGAGCUCCAUCUGCACGAGUCUCUCUCUCUCUGCAGCGAAUCUCCCAGGCUCUACAGACCACCUACUGUAGCACUUGCUAAAACCUAAGUCAUCAUGUCCACCAGAGCUGUGAAGAGCACCAGCUACUCUUUGAGGUCCUCCUCUGCAGGCCUGGGGUCUCAAAACUUCAGCAGCAACUCCAGCAACGGCUAUGGCGGCGGAGCCAGACAACAGAGCUACAGCGUCCGCAGCUCUUAUGGGGGUGUUGGCAGCAGCGCCGGGGGUGUGGCAGCAGGUGGCUAUAGGGUAGUUGGGGGGUACGUGGCUGGAGGGACUGGGCAAAGAGGGGGCGGGAUGGAGUUUGGGUAUGCGGGCAUGGGUGUUGGCGGUGGUAUGGGAAUGGGGGGUGGUAUGGGGAUGGGGGGUGGGAAGAUGACAUGUGUGGGUCCCCCUCAGAUCACUGCUAUUCAGGUGAACAAGAGCCUGCUGGCCCCCCUGAACCUGGAGAUCGACCCCAACAUCCAGGUGGUCCGCACCCACGAGAAGGAGCAGAUCAAGACCCUCAACAACCGCUUUGUGUCCUUCAUCGAUAAGGUGCGUUUCCUGGAGCAGCAGAACAAGAUGCUGGAGACCAAGUGGGGUCUCCUGCAGGACCAGACCACCACCCGCUCCAACAUCGACGCCAUGUUUGAGGCCUACAUCUCCAACCUGCGCAGACAGCUUGAUGGUCUGGGCAACGAGAAGAUGAAGCUGGAGGGGGAGCUGAAGAACAUGCAGGGCCUGGUUGAGGACUUCAAGAACAGGUAUGAGGAUGAGAUCAACAAGCGUACCGAGUCUGAAAACAACUUUGUUCUCCUCAAGAAGGAUGCAGAUUCUGCCUACAUUGUCAAGACGGAGCUGGAGGCCAAGCUGGACUGUCUUACUGAUGAGAUUGAAUUCCUCAGGACUAUCUAUGACGCGGAGCUGCGUGAGCUGCAGGGCCAGAUCAAGGACACCUCUGUUGUGGUGGAGAUGGACAACAGCCGUAACCUGGACAUGGACUCCAUCGUGGCUGAAGUGCGCGCUCAGUACGAGGACAUUGCCAACCGCAGCAGAGCUGAGGCCGAGACCUGGUACACGCAGAAAUAUGAACAGAUGCAGGUGUCAGCCACCAACUAUGAGGACAAUCUGAAAAACACCAAGGUAGAGAUCGCAGAUAUCAACCGCAAAAUCAUGAGAUAUCAGUCUGAAAUUGACAAGAUGAAGGGUCAGCGCGGCCACCUGGAGAACCAGAUCGCUGAGGCCGAGGAGCGCGGUGAGCUGGCGGUGAAGGACGCCAGGCUUCGCAUUAACGACCUCGAGGUGGCCCUGCAGAGAGCCAAGCAGGAUAUGACCAUGCAAGUACGCCAGUACCAGGAGCUGUUGAACGUCAAACUGGCCCUGGAUAUUGAGAUCGCCACCUACAGGAAGCUGCUGGAAGGAGAGGAGAGCAGGCUGGUGAAUGGAAUCAAGUCGGUCAACAUCUCCAAACAGUCUUCUUCAACGAACUACAACUCUUACCCCCUGGAAAGCAGUCGCACCACCAGCUAUGUCAGCGGCUCAACGGGGGGAUACAAGGUCAGCAGCACCAGCUACGGCAGCAGCACUUACGUCAGUGGCCAUGAGAGCCACCAUAUAGGCAGCAGCUUCGACCUGCCUGGCAGCAUCACCCUGGUAGGCACUACCAGCAGAGAUGUGGAUACCAGCAUCAGCCUGGGAGGCGCCAAAGGCACCAGCAGAGACAUGGAUGUCAGUAUCAGCCUGGGAGGCAGCAACAGCCUGGCUACUAGCAGAGACAUGGAUGCCAGCGUCAGUGUCAAUAGCAGUUCCACUGUCACCAACAACAAAUCCCAGACCACCUUAGUCAAGACCGAUGAUGCCGAGGUGACCUCGAAUGUGGCUUCUGAUGCGGCGUCCAACCAUGCCGAGGAACAGGUGGCUGAGAGCGACAAAUGAGGAGAUUUCUUAAUCGCGGGUGACCGCGUAAUUAGCAUACUGUGGAUCUAUCUGUCGCAGAUAUAUGCUUCUCCAACCUACCUUUCACCCUUCCACUAGUUUCACUUUUCUAGCCAGGUUAUUAGUGUAUUUACCUGCUGAACAGAACAGUGACAUAUCAAACAGGCUACAUAUAUCCACCUGGAAUCACAGGCAGUCUAACUGUAUCCUCAGUCUAACUGUAACUUUUCCUACCCACAAAGGGUUUGUUUUAAAAUGGUAAAUGUGAAAGGUUGGGGGUAAGAUUUCCCUUAAAAGGCCCCUGAAAGUCGACCCCUAGUGUCCAUUCGAGUCACCAGCAGGUGUCAUUGUGGCACAUGUUUCUCUCUCUGCUUGCUCUGAGACCCAUUAAAGUCCUUGGAGAAAAAAACAACCUCUUUAUG